AUAUGUGUAUACUUCAGUAGCAGAACACAAUGGAUAUAUCUUCUAAGCAUUAGCCAGUGUCUUUGGUCAUCCAUUGUGCUCCGUGAAUAAGAGUCCUGUUCAAGUGUCAACAGAUUGAGCAACCAAGACUUCAAAAUGAGGAUGCUAUAUACUCUAUUACUUGUUCUACAAGCCUCUCUAUCAAUCCUCUCUGCUGAGGUCUAUGAGGAUGAUUCUAUCACCUUGGUGUUUCAAGAGACAAUGGAUGAAACCAGUGUAUACACUAUCCUCUUCAAUGAGGUAACCAUCUUUGACAAUGGCUCUCCUGUAGAAGGGGCGCUUCCUGAAGAACAGCUAGGCAGAAUGGAUAUUCUGGAAUCCUUAUCUGGGAACACUAUCAGUGUCAAUCUUACCAUACAGAAUGCAGAUAGAUCAGAUGCUGGGACAUAUUCCCUGCGCAUCAAUCCUGCAACUGACUCUUUCAUGGAGGAGAACAUUGACUUGCUGGUGAUCUUCCCACCAUCGGAUCUAGAGUGUGCCGUUCUCAAUGAUACCCUCUCCUGCAAUGCUACGCCAGGGUAUCCUCGGGAUGGGAUCAUAAGCUGUUACCAAGGGAGUGAGAAGAUACAGGGUAUCCAACAGGACAAAGGUUCUGUGACCAUUGCUGCUAGGUACAGAUUGUCACUUGAGGACACUUCCAUUGGCUGCUGCACAGAGAACAGUGCCUUUGUCUUUACAUCAGGAAACUGUAAUCAGUUCACAUGGUUCACUCCUCAAAGAGUACAAGCUACCACAUCCAACCUCCCACCGCAGAACAUAACAAGACAUGAACCUGGGAACAUGACAAGGGUGCCUACAACAACCGAUGUCCCAUUGGAAACUGACAUUCUUUACCCAGAGGGCUGGCUGACUGAAAACAGGGCAGUUAUUGGUUUUAUGUGUGGGAUUCUAUUUGUCCUCGUCAUAAUGUACCCAUUCGGAAUGACAUACCAUUUCAGGGUUUACAUGAAAGAACCGAAAAAGUAUGUUUCUGAUAGCAAAGGCAGAGGACACUUCACUCCCGUAUCCUCAGUAUAAUUUUCUUUUGAAAGAGUUCUGAAUAAUCGAUAUUGCAAAGUUCUUGAAAAGCCAUUAUGGUGGAUUGCUCUGCAUAGACAUUGUUUUCACAAUAUUAGAAUUCAGAGACAUGGUUCGUGAUAUAUGUAUGUAUGAAGGGGUGUGCAAACUUCGCGCACUUUUCAAAAAUAUUCAUCAGGCUUAAUUAUGUUCACAAAAUAUU